GCAUGGUUUCACUUAAGCUGUUAACGUUAGGACUAGUGCUUAUUUCUGAGGCGGUCUCCCAAUUUUUCAUUCCCAGUUUCGGUGCGGUAACCUGCGGAUGGCAGUAUGGUGGACGGUGCAAGAGAAUCUGUGAUAGUGAAGAGUACAUCUUAGGCCGGCAGCCAUGUGGUUUCGGUGUCGGGGUCUGCUGUGCGCCUACUCUACCGUGCUUAUCAUAUGGCGGAGUGUGUCGCCAACGCGGGUGUUUCAGCACCUUUGAGGUGCCACUUCAGUUCAACGUUAGAUGCCCAUUCGGAGAAAGAGGAACAUGUUGUGUGAGACGGUCGAACAGACCCGUAACGCAGACAACAACGAUGACAACUACGACGACACUCGUGCCACGGGUGUGUGCUUCACGACCUCGAUUUCAUCCUGUAGCUGGUCGUAUCGUGGGUGGUGUUCCUGUCAGCUCCCAGUGCCAGUGGCCGUGGAUGGUCUCCAUUAAGGUUGGAACAACCAGCAACAUUGGCCCUCACAUCUGUGCCGGAGUGCUUGUCAACCGCAACAAGGUUCUCACCACAUCAAGCUGUGUGCUCGGCCGCCAGGUGGUUGUAACUGUUGGCGAGAAUAACAUCAACAACCUUUGGGAAAAUGGCGAGCAGACCGUGGCUGUUACUGGUGUAGCCACACCAAAUCCAAGCCCCACCGACCUUGGAGAGCCAUUGAGGGCUGACGACAUAGCCAUUCUGACACUGGAAUCAUCCAUUCCGUCUGAUGGAACUUCAUGUGCACAACCUGUCUGUCUUCCUCGGAAUGGGGAGACCGUCGACUCAAACAGCAGAUGUUACAUAGCAGGCUGGGGGCCAAAUGCACGCGGGGACGGUCUUCUACACGAGGCUAAUGUGAGGAUUAUGCAAAAUGCCUUAUGUUCAUUCAUAAUUGGAUCAAGAACCAACCUGCCGUCGGACAAAAUCUGUUCUCACCCUGUCAUAGAUCGGACCAACGCUUGUCAGAGAGACAACGGUGGGAUGCUGGUUUGUGAAGAUGGGACAGGAACGUGGAGCCUAUUUGGCCUCAUCAGUGAUAGCAACUGCAAUGCAAAGAUCCCUGUUAUCUACACGCAGGUCAGCAGGCACCUCGACUGGAUCACCUCAAACCUCUGAAUCGACCAUUGCUGACUCAGGUGUUAGAAGCCUAAAUAUAAUAACAUCCCCACCUCUUUAAUAUGAUUUUAUUUUACAUGAACGUUCUUUUCAUAUUAAUGAGAUAAUUUAAUAUGAAUUAUGCAAUGUCCAUAUAAAUAAAUAAGAUUGUUAGAAUUGUCCAGUAGUUCAACGGACAAGCAAGCGAGUCUGCGUUUGUGAAACAUUACAUAAGGGAGAGUAGUGAACGACAAGAUAUAACAUGCUGUAAUGUCGACACAAUAUAAUCAUGUUUUAUGUGCAUUAUAAUUGUGAGUAGUGUACCGCAUAUUUGAAACGCUGAACUGGUUAAGAGACAAUUCAAGGAACACCCAGUGAAACAUUGAUAUCUCGAAAUCCUGGGGACUACAUCUCCUCCUUCGAGUUAAGCGGAGACACCUUAAAGGUGUCGAUACUGCUUCAACGGUGACCAUGAGGUUCCGUUGUACCGAGCAUCAUAUCGGGUUCAAGGAGUUCAAGGUAUGCUUCAUAUACUCUGUAUUGAGAACUGUACUCUUUGGAAUGGAUAUCAUACAGAGAAUAUCUAACGAACAGAAAGGUAUUUCUAAAUGUACUUACAAUACCCUACUGUAUUACAUAACUAUGUUGUACAUUUUACGUAUGUAUGACAAGUAAACUUGCUGAAAAACAA